CGGAGACAUGGACUCCGAGCGACUCGUAAUCGAUCCGUCUGCUAUGGGCCGGAAUGGUGGAGAAGGGCUGAAGGAGACGAAGGUACCAAUACCAAAGAAGAGAAUGAUACUAACGAAGAGAAUGAGAUUGUUGGCGGAAUUUGAAGAAAAAUUUGAAGGAAGAGAUGGAAAGCUGGUUUCUGCUUAUGUAAUUUGGAAAGCAUUAAGAGAGAGGACCCAAGACAUGCAUGAGGUCGCCAAGAUUGAGUCAAAGUUGAGAUCUGAGCAUGCCAAUGAGCAAACCGAAGAUGGCAUGUCUAAUUCAACAGUGGCUGUGCCGUGA